CCCCCGCGCGAACCCCCUUCCUUCCUUUCCCCGCCGCGCCUUUUGUCCCGGCCAGGCUCGGUUCUGCCCCGCCCCUCCCCGCCCAUCUGUGGGGGAGGAGACUCCCCGUCAGUGACUUCAUUGAGUAGGUUCUUGGGGAUUGGGCUUGGGUCCUCCCCAGAGAGGCGACAGGAGCUCACUGCCUCUCAGGCCCUCAGUAGCACACCUGUCACAGGUACACACACGCUGCCACUCAACAAGCACACAGUCACUUCCAGCCUCACUGUCACACAGCCAUACAGCCACUCACAUUCAGCCAGACUGCCGUACCUGAGAGCAGGUGGCUCCUGGACCCUCUCCCUGCACUCCGCACCUGGGGACCAGGUCCGGCUCCCGCGGCAGCAGACAGGCCUUGCUGGGCAAGGGCCUAUGAGAAUCUGAGGAGGUGGCUUCCAGAGCUACAGCGUCCCAAGCAGGCUCCGGUGGAGCACUCAGAGAAACAAGGAGCCCAGCACCGGUCCAGUGGCUGUGAUGGGAAAAGAUUAUUACAAGAUUCUUGGAAUCCCAUCUGGGGCCAACGAGGAUGAGAUCAAGAAAGCCUAUCGGAAGAUGGCCUUGAAGUACCACCCGGACAAGAACAAAGAACCCAAUGCUGAGGAGAAGUUUAAGGAGAUCGCUGAGGCCUAUGAUGUGCUGAGUGACCCUAAGAAACGGAGCCUAUAUGAUCAGUAUGGAGAAGAAGGCCUCAAGACCGGCGGCGGUACGUCAGGUGGCUCCAGUGGCGCCUUUCACUACACCUUUCAUGGGGACCCUCAUGCCACCUUUGCUUCCUUCUUUGGUGGCUCCAAUCCCUUUGAUAUCUUCUUUGCUAGCAGUCGCUCUACUCGACCCUUCAGCGGCUUUGACCCAGAUGACAUGGACGUGGAUGAAGAUGAGGACCCAUUUGGUGCCUUUGGCCGCUUUGGCUUCAAUGGGCUGAGCAGGGGUCCAAGGCGAGCCCCAGAACCACUGUACCCCCGGCGCAAGGUGCAGGACCCCCCUGUGGUGCAUGAGCUGCGGGUGUCCCUGGAGGAGAUCUACCAUGGCUCCACCAAGCGUAUGAAGAUCACGAGACGGCGCCUUAACCCUGAUGGGCGAACUGUGCGCACCGAGGACAAAAUCCUGCACAUCGUCAUCAAGCGUGGCUGGAAGGAAGGCACCAAGAUCACCUUCCCCAAAGAAGGCGAUGCCACACCUGACAACAUCCCAGCCGACAUUGUCUUCGUGCUCAAAGACAAGCCUCAUGCACACUUCCGCCGUGAUGGCACCAAUGUCCUCUACAGUGCACUGAUCAGCCUCAAGGAGGCGCUCUGUGGCUGCACCGUGAACAUUCCCACCAUUGAUGGUCGAGUGAUCCCUUUACCCUGCAACGAUGUCAUCAAGCCAGGCACCGUGAAGAGACUCCGUGGGGAAGGUCUUCCCUUCCCCAAGGUGCCCACUCAGCGGGGAGACCUCAUUGUUGAGUUCAAAGUUCGAUUCCCAGACAGAUUAACACCACAGACGCGGCAGAUCCUUAAGCAGCAUCUACCCUGCUCCUAGGCUCUACCCUGGCCAGUCUUGAGCCUACCACAGCAAUACCCCACACUCACCCCAACUCAUGUGGACCCGCCUGGAUGUUCACCGGACACUGGCACUUUUCUAAAAUGAAAAAAAAAAAAAAGAAAAAGAAAAAAAAAAACCAAAAAAAAAAAAAAGCCACUGAAUUUUCAGGAAAAUGUUCCUGUCCCCAAUCCCUUUCAGAGCUGGGCUGCUUUGGGGGAAUUGGAGGGAGGUGGGGAAAGCUAGCCCAGACCAGGGGUCAAUUUUCUGUCACUAGCUUUGAAUCCAGUUCCCACUGCAGUGGCUGAAGAGUGACUUGAGUGCUACUUGAAGAUAUAGAUUCCUUGUCCAUGCCUGUAAAUAGCAUGUCCUCCACCCCUUUCAGCCUUGCUAACACCCUUCCUCUCCCUUCCCUUUGGCUUCCUCCUGUUUCUGAAGAAAGGAUAGGAAGGGUACCGCUUCCUACCCUGGCCCCGGGUGUGCAGUGUCC